ACCUUUUGUCACUUGCUCUUCAACACCUUCUAAAAUAUUACAGGAAAACUCAGGAAAAAAUCAAAAUUUUUGUGUUGACAAAUUGUUAAUAAAUUUGAAAGCUUAGUUGCUAUCUCGGGGACUACCUAUGGAUGGGCAAAAGAAAGUGAUCGUCGUAGAAUCGAAAAGCAACUACGACAAGCUCAUCGAGGAUGCGGGGGCCAACAAAUACGUUCUCGUCGAGUUCUAUGCCACUUGGUGUGGUCCUUGCGCGAUGAUUGGGCCCCGUCUAGAGCAACUGGCAACGGAAUACUCUGGGCGAAUGUUAAUCCUCAAGAUCGACGUCGAUCAGAACGAAGAUCUGGCCAUUCAGUACGAGGUCAGCAGCAUGCCCACCUUUCUGAUCAUCAAGAACCGGGUAACACUCAUCCAGUUCGUGGGCAGCAAUGUCGAUAGAGUCGUCACCACGGUAGAAAAAUUUGUGGGCAAGGUUGAGGACACCAAGGAGAAAAAACCAAGCCAGGGAGCUGCAGAUCCAUCUCCUUUGUCAAAGCUGUAAGGUUUCCGGAAAAAAUUAAUAUCUCGGGGUUCUAAAAUCCAAAUCAAAGUGUGUGGAAAAAUGUUAGUACGUGUCGUUAGAUAAUGUAAUAAAAUCUAUAAUAUAAAAGUAACUAUGCUAGGUCAAAAUAUAUAUAUUUUCUUGUA